AUGUCAAUUCUCAUUUUCCCUCCCUUUACAGUGCAUUCAGAAAACGUUGAACACGUCUGCUCCGAGUACCACUUUUAUUCCAAAAAUAAGAACUGGGAAGACGCCGAGCAAUACUGCAAGAGAAGAAGCUAUGAUGGUCUGGUCUCCAUGCAAACCGAGGGGGAAUGGUUGUAUUUUAAAAGCAUGACAACCAACAGAGAGCAAAAGGGAGCACUUCAAAAAACACGAUGGUUCAUCGGCUUACGGUACUUUUCGCAAAAAUGGUGCUGGGCAAAUGAUACAAAAGCCUGUAUAAACCUGAGAACAAAUGAAACAGGAUAUUGGCGUUGGUCUCGUGGAGAACCAAACAACCUUGAUAAUGAGCAUUGUGUUGAGAUGUACAAUGGCGGAGAAUACAACAACAUCAAUUGCUUACAAACAUUUGGCUACACAGGGUUCAUUUGUGAAAAAAAAACUGGUAUGUAAAAUCACACUAAAUAAUUGCAAAUUAAAUUGUUAGGGAGUUUCAUUUGACUGAGAACCUCAAUAAAGAAGCCCUCUGUUAAGCGGUCACUCAUCAAAUUCCCAGAAUUUGCUUGCCAUAUUCACCGUAAAUUUGACCGUCAUUAAGAAGUCAACUCAUUAAACGGACGCUAACGCCGUUCAAACUUAGAUAACAGUGCCGAUGUUUUGACACAACGUCGCAAGUUCACUUUCUUCAAACAGCUCAUAAAAGCAUAGAUAUAGGCAACGAACGAAAGGGGGAUUGGGCGCAUAAUCUUACAUGGGUGCGACCCAUUUAGCAAACGAAGCGCUCAAUGCAGCUCGCCAACGGCCAACAAAAUGCUGUCCGCUUUGGACUAAAGUAAAUCGUCUCCCUGUGAUAAGAACUUUUCAAUACUUCACAGACCUCUUUGGAAAGCUCAUGACUAAUAACUUAGCCAAACUCGAACAAACGUCAAGGCGACCCCAUUCUUGAAGUCGACAGUGUUCCCUGUUUUUCAAUUUUUUUUUCAAUUUUUCCACUAUAUACUAGAAUUUUGUAACGUUUACCCGGAGAACCGCUUCGUAGAGGUUUCCUAUAGAGGUUUGCCAGUAGUUCUGGAGUGGAAUUAGAACGAAACAUGAAAUUUGACGCUUUUAUAAAGAGGAUUACUCAAUUUCUUCAAAAUAUUUAAGAUGGCUCCGUCAUUAAUGCAGGUUACAUUGAACUAUGACGAACUUUUCGUCGCAGCUUUUUCGUUCUUAACGUAAUGGCUCCGAAACUUUACAAAGAACAACAGAUGUCACUCAGCUAAGAAAUAGUCCAAUUCUACUAGCUGGUUAGUAUUUUUUGCGAAAUUAGCCCUUAAAUAAACCCUACUGUUUAAAGAAAAUAGCGGCUGCCUCGAGUCACACAUUUUCCUGGAUAUUUUUUGGCUAAAUUUCUGUUAUCGGCCUUUGUUGAUAUAAAAAAUAUACCGGAGAAAUUUCAGAGAACCUUUAGGAGCAGAAGUACGUAACUAAAAUUCCAUCAAAAUUCAGCUUUCAAUCGCUUUGGAAACAGAAAACUUAUUAAUUGCCGGAACAAAGGCGUUCGGGGUUGCUUUGAAUCAAAAUCUAUAAGUUAACCUUGUUUAUGCGGACCCUGUGAGGGGACCAUAGAGGUAUCCCUUAUAAUGUCAAACUCAGAAAACCCGCGUGAACACCUGAAAAUUUUUAGUAAUGUUGAUUGUGACCAACACAUAACGUUCAGGACAGGCGAGCGAAAAUCAAAAUCACAAUUGCGGAAACCAAAUACCUUUGCUGUUUCCUGUACUUAGUUCUCUCACGCCUUAUUAGCUUUUUUUCUAACAACCGUGACAGUAAAGUAUCUCUGCUGUUUACGGUUUUGCUAGUUUCAGAGUAAGCCCAUAAAGCGGAGUGGGUUUCGAUUCAAGACAUCGCUCCAAAUAUCAAUUGGUCUCUAAAAACUUUUCGUCUCUCGCGGGUUAAUUUUGAUCUAUAGCAGUCUUGUAUUGUUUCAAAUCUACCCAUACCAUUUGUUUGAAUAUUUUCUAGCUUGUAGCAAGGUUUCUGGAAAGUACAUUUUCACAUAUCCUAAGACAACAGACAGGCCUUAUACGAUAGAGAACAAACGUCAGUACAGUGUGGCCAAGCCAUCAAUCUUCUUCAAGGAAUCAACAAUCCAAACGUAUCAGUCAACAGAUGGUAGUCAUGGUAAGAUUGCCUAAUCGUUUGCUGUUUGUAGAUUUUAUAUUAUUAUUUAACAGGUGUCAGGGGCACCCAACGUCAAUUUUCGGAAAAUAUCUGUUCGGAAGACGAUUUGAGAUCUAGAAUUUUCGGAACAUUUGUGGUAAAAUUUCUUGCUUGCCUGCCUCUCCUAGGAUUUUCGAACAUCUAAAAAAUGGUAUAAUCGCCCAUUUUUAACGGAUUUUUCCCCUAAAAAGGUCACAUAGAAUUUUCGGGAGCCUUUUUUCUGGCUGAAAUUUUCGAAAAGUUAAGUUUUGAUCCCUAUAAUUUUCGGAUCACUUUCAGCUAGUAAAUCCGAACAGAUGAAAAAUUUUUAGGGUAUAAAAAUAUGCCCAUAUCUACCGUUUAAAUACUAAGAUACGUUUAACAAUGCAAUGUUCAAAUGGUUUUGAACUAUAUUCUCGUUGGGUGCCCCAGAUCAUGUUUUUUUCAAAGUUCCCUCUUUCGUCAUUGAAAGCCCACUAGCUUUUUCGCUGGAAAUAUUCAGCAAUGUUUUCCCUAGUUACUUAGCAACAGUUCAGGCAACUAAAUGCUCCAAAAGUAGCUGUUAUCUCAAUUAUGCCUUUAUCAAAAUGUAAUUACUUGAUUCACUCAAAUAAGCCCUAUGACAAUCAUUGCGUUUUACUUUUGGUACGACACACAAUCGGGAGUAAAGCUUACAAUCAAGGGCCUCCUAUGAGCCAACUCAUGUGUAGAAUCUCUGGUAAAUUUUCAGCUCAAUAUGAUUAUGUCUCUGAUAAUAAGCCGUGUAAUUUUCCAUUAUUUCUUGUAUCUGAGCAACAUGAUUAUUUUACACGAAGUGCAUCUGCUCAGCAAUUACACAUUCCCCACUCAAGAAUUAAUAUUCGAAAGUUUUGCCCUACCGUCAUUGGAAAAUACUGUUGGAACGAUCUCCCCCUUUCUAUUCGCAAUAAAUCAUCGAAAAUGCUGUUCAAAAAGGCACUUAAAAAAUAUUAUCUUGCUCAAUAUUGACUUGUGUGCGUGUGUGUGUGCGUGCGUGAGUGUUUGUGUUUUAAUGAAUAACAAAACUACAAAAGAAUAAUGUCAAUCUUGUUAAAGGGCCAUGAUUAGUUUUACUAUAAUGUGCCCUUCUCCAUUCUAAUUUUCUUCUUUUAUUAUUAUUAUUAUUAUUAUUAUUAAGUACACGUAGUUUAAGCAACUUUGUACCAAUUGAUAUUGUACAACUAAUGUAUUAUUAAUAUUGUACAACUAUUGUAUUAUUGUACAACUAAUGUAUUAUAGGAUGGAGUAAAAAAUAAAAUACAAAAUACAAAUUUUCAGCUCGAUGGACACGGAUUGAAACCCAAGAGAAAGUACUUAAAUUAAUAUGGCCAACCUACCUGCUUACCAUCCCCAUACAUCAUGUUACACUGCACAAAGUUUCAUUUGAAACUCCGCUCAAUGUAAAACCUACAAGAAGUAUCUUAUAUCAUGAAUUGCUCAUACUGGACAAAUAUUUUCUAUGAAAAAAAUUCGAAAAUCGCAGAAUCCACACUCAAAAAUAGUCCAAAACUGUAAUAACACGCACACAAGGGAUAGCACUUCACCAAGAGAGGAUAAAGGGGACAGAGAAGGCAUCCCCCAUACACACCCUAUUCCAUAGGUAAUUCGUCUCGAGUUAUUUUUAAGACCAAUAGAUCCCAAGGGGGAUUAAACAACAGCCAAUCACAUAGCGCGAAUGUAUUCGGCGUGGAUGACCCACGCUCAGAGCCACGCGUCCUUCACGAAUUGACGCAGAAAAAAAUUGCGGAAGACGUGGAGAGCGAUAUUGCUCUUUGUUUUGCCGACGAAAACGACUAAAAAGAGUUUUCUGCUAAAGCUGUGUCAGCGAAACGGAAAUUUAAAAAGAAUCGUCCUUCCUCUCUUGUAUAGAGCUAACAGUACAGCAGGGAAAUCCUUAACACGCUGAAUAUUCUCUCAGGAUCAUUUAUAAUUUACAGUUUGAAGAGAGCAAUUUCUGGUUUGAUAUUUAUUCUUUUAUUAGUCUUUUAUUAUUCAACAAAAGUAACACUUGGCGUCCUAUAAUAAUGAUAAUAAUAAUUUAAUAACUUUUAGAGCGCUAUUUACAUUCACUGAUCAACAGCGUUUAACAAAUUAAAAAAACUACAAUAAAAUUCAAAUUUGUAAAACUAAUUACAUGUACAUAAAUAUUUCUUGCUACUUGCUUUAUUGUACAAACGACCGUUUUCAAUAGACCGGCGAAAUUUCUUAUUUUAUUAAAGCACUGAGGUUACGAUAACUUCCAGUUAAACUGAUUUCACGGGUUGUCAAAGAGUCGAGCGAUUCCCUUUUCUCAGGUGAGCGACGACUCAUUUCGCUUCAAUAUUCAGAAAUGCUCUUGAUUUCUUUACGCUUUCAUUGCCUUUCGCCCGACAUGUUUUGCAUGGCGCUUAGUCAUGCGAAACCUCCACGAAAAAUCCACGCAGCGCGCGAGGUAACUUUAUCCCGAUUCUAAAAAUAACUCGAGACGAAUUACCUAUGGAAUAGGGUGUGUAUGGGGGAUGCCUUCUCUGUCCCCUUUAUCCUCUCUUGCACUUCACUAAACACGAUGGGCACUCCCUCAGUAUAGGUCGUUCAGUUGCACAGGAAAUUCAUCAUUUAUAAUUGAAUGGAACAAUGAGCCUACUGCAAAACCUGGCUUAGUAGCUAUAAGAGGCUCUACUUGUAUUCUAACCGGCGACGAAAGUCCUUUUUAAAUCAUUUUAGAAGACUUUUGUGUCACGCACAUCUCCUUUCUGAGGUCAACUUCUGCCAAGUGAACGUUUCAACGUGGAGUAAAGCGCCUUACCAGGGUCGGAUUCGGGUAUCAAAUUCGUUGUCUGAACAACUAACUACCUUUGCUUGGCGGAAGCUUUCCAUCACAAAAAGUGACAAUAGCAAGCCACAGCACAAACCGCCACUACACUUCGUUUUCCUGCCAUUCAAUAAUAGGUAAAUUCGUUGAAAAUACCCAGCGUUUAAACUAAAUGACAGUAAGUGACGAACGCAUAUGAAUGUUUAAAUAAAAUGUAAAAGACCUUUUAAAGAAAACGACUUCUAAAAUAAGUUUAAAAUAUAAUUAUAACGCCAUAAUUGUGAGUCCAACUACAAAAGAAGAAACACAUGUACUCAGUCAAAUAUAAAACUCACCACAUAGCCACUGUUAUUAUACACUGAAAUAACAAAUAAGCACUGAGAAAAUCUCAAGACUACAGAAUGUUGUUUUCUCCAUUCUUAUUUUCACAGGACCAUCAAGUUUCAGGGCCACUAAUACAAAAAGUUCUAAGCAAGGUAAAUUUGUAGACAAGUCAAAUGCAAUUGUUUAUAGAAUGUGAAAGCCUUUUAAAGAAAAAGUAUUAUGUCUAUAUAUAAUGUAUAAAAUAAAGAGCUUUCUAGAGAAAUGCUAGAGAAAAAGAAACAGGGACAUGACCCCUUCAUGCUAUGAUAUAAAUAAGAGAAGGAACCUCAAAAGAUCUGGUACUACUACUGCUAUUUUUUCCUUAUUCAUUUUUUACAGAAUCCCCAAGUUCCAAGGCCACUACAAAACGUUCUACGCAAGGUAAAUUCGAAGACCCUUAGACCCAUGAACAAUAAAACAAAUUGAAACAAUUUAUCAAAUAGAUUUCCAGGUUGUUUUUUUGGAUUGAAUUAGUUUUCAAUUAUCAAAAAAGACAAGUGAACAUGUACGGUUGAAAUAACAGUGGAGGUUGUACUGAGUAAAGAACGUGUGAAAGGUAUACCAUAGACAACUUUUAACCUGUAAACGAAUUUCAUUUAGUAGCUGUGAGCCACUCAGUACUCAAAACGAGUUUGGGAAGCCGUUCCUUUAACCCUUUCACUGCCAGAGCGUUUGAUAGAGUUUUGCAAAGUGACUCUAACUUUUGAGUCUGUGGACGAAAUCCUAUGCUGUGACCAUUCAAGUGAAAGCUCUCUGCCUGUACUUUCACAUCAUAUUAUAAUUUAUUUCUCAAAAUUUUAGAGAACGAAAUUUGCCUUUGGCCACAUUUGGCAGUGAAAGGGUUAAGGAGAAGACGACUAAUGCAUCCACAUCCAAUUGUGACAAUAGAAGUACAUUGUUGUAAAAGGAUACACUUUCCAUAGUGAAGGACCCUGGUUUCUUAACUUGCAGAGAACCUACUACCAGAAAAAGUCGAGUUUCCUUCUGAUCGCCCCAGUAAGGGAGCAAAUAUCACUUUCAUCGUGUCCACAGCUCUAGCUGGGUUGCUGGUGGUCCUGCUAAUCGUCUUAGGAUUCAUUCUUUGGCGAAGGAGAUUCCAUAAAAACAAAGGUAAAAAAGAUCCUGUAAACUUCGAAUAUUCCAGUGCUCUUGAUCAGUAGGACUUAACGUGUCACUCUUGUUAAAAACGGCUUUAUGUAAUACAAUAUUUAAUCUACAUAAAGGCUAAUAAGUGUCUGUCUGAACUUGAUAAACAGUGCCCAAUGGGUUUUUGCUUGAACGCUGGCACCGCCCAUGUUAAGCUUGGCUAGCCGGAACAAAUGAAGGGGGCUAACUGACUAGCCCGCGGAUAGUGGGAGGCUGCCUGCUCUGUGUCAAAAAGUAGAGGGGUGGAGAGGGAGCUUUUGACACAUUGAUUAGCGUUUUUAGUGAGAGAGCGGUGCAAAGUCAAAAUUGUCCCUCCCAACGAGAAUUGUAUUGUCAAUAUCAUAGCUCUGGGGGAGGGAUUGUCUGUCAUCGGUGGAGAGGGUGAGUACUUGGUUUGUGGACUUGGCUCUCUAAGAGACUGCAGGCACCUUAUAUUUGCACCAAAACAAGUAAGACAAUAGGCCAUUUCCGAGUUCCCCCGGGCCUCUGCAUGAAAACGAGGUUAAGUGCUCAGCCUUUCAUAUGAAAUGAUUUUUCAUUCUCAUGCAAAUAAAACUCAUUUUCACAAGAAAGGUUCUACACUUAGCCUCAUUUUGAAAGUGAGGGUUUUUUUUAACUCGGAAGUAGCCUAUUGAUCAGGCAUAUUGUACAAAUUUUUCACUUCCUUUUUUUGUUACUCCUUUCUACAUUAAAUCCUUAAUUGUAUUUUCUUCCCUCCUUCUUCCUUCCUUAAUACUUAACAGCUCCCUGUCAUCUUUGCUUUCUCUGUCCUUGCCCUUUAUGUUUCCCUAGAAUAGUCCGGUAUUUUUUGUACUGAGAAAACGAAUUACACAACUCUAGCUCUUUAGGCCAUAAUUUUCGGGUUCCGUCGUGUUGCAGUAUUUUCCAACAUUAAAGGAUGCACUUGCGUCGGUUUACUAUUUCAAAUUCAUCUUCUAGAUUUUUCGGCUCCAUACACCCGCAACGUUAUUCAUUUUGAGUUCGCUUGAGUAAAAAGAAUCCGAUGUUUCGAAAGGGGUCCUCUUAUAGGCUUAAUAGAUUUUUCACUGGCUAUUCUGGUUUAUUGUAUUGUUAACUGUAAUUCGAACUCAAGAAAGAAAGAGUCGCGGGAUACUCAUCGCAUUUUAAUCAUUUUUUGUUGCAGGGGAUCGGCAAGAAAGUCAUGAGGUUGACAACAUCGAACGAGAGCCAUCUGUACCAAGGCAAACCUUGUGCGAUGAGACCGAUUUUCUUCCGAACGCCGGUUCUAGUUCUCUACCGGAUGAGAUGACAAUAGAAGGGCCUCACCUCUACGCAGUUAUCGACAAGACUGGUAAUAAAGACGGUCAUAGCUCAAGCAACAUGCCUUGCCAAACGAUGCCACACAGUGACGAACAUGUCGUCACAUUGUGCCCGACAUUGGAACCUUUGUUGAAGGCCAAAGAACACAUUUAUGUAAAUACAACACAGGAAGACUCGAAACGAAAGCCACCGUUAUACCCCACGCCAUAUUGUGUAAGAUACAAGAGGCCCAAGGAGCAUUCAGACGACACAGAUAGGAAAAAGGAGAACGUGUAUGCGGUUGUUGACAAAAACAGGGCCAAGAAAACUAACGAUGAGGUAAUUGCAGAGUUAUGUUUCGUAGUAAUGUGCAAUUGUAUUUCCAUGGAAUUUGACCUGGGAAAAUUUAUCAAGAGGUAUCCAAUCUAUCUAUUCACAGAUAUCUUGGAAUAAUUAUUCAUGUGGCUAGAAAGACUUUGUACACUCGGGGACAUUCUCCAAUAAUAAAUUACUACACAUGUAGAGCAGUAUUCGUCAAAUAAACUACUAUGUAGAGAGACUGCUAGUCAAGAAUGACUUUAUCUAACAAACGCAGUUUUAAACACUAACUGUUAUUGUGUUACUGCCAGUAAAAAUUCACAAAAGUUCUAAACUUCCGUCUUGUAUAAUGCUGAAUUACAAGAAGUGCCAUGUGAAAACACUGCCAACAAGGUUUUAUAUGAAUGGUACCCUGUGAACAGGCUCUCUGUUUGGGGGAAAAAAUAGCAAGGAAAGGGAAGGGACAAACCUAAACGUGCACUAUCGAAGAUGAACUUAACAUGGAUGGAUCGAUGGAGGUAAGCAUGUUUUAGCCAUGUUUUUAAACAAGGAAUUAAUUUGAAUGAAUAAUAAAACAAUUAUUGAAUUCGGCUUUCGUAUCACAUAAGGAAUUAUGGAGAUCUGCAAGGGUGUUAUCCGUCGAGGUCGUAACACCCUACUCGAUCUCCAUAAUUCUUAAUAAGAUACUCAGCCUCAUUCAUUAAUUGCUAAUUUAUUACCAAGUGAAGUGCUCACCUCACGGCGGCAACAAAUUAUUUUUUUCGUCUUUCUUAAAAUCAGUGGAAUAUUUAAAAUCCAUAGCACGUGUAGGCAGCCUUAGCGCGCUAGUGUUCUUUAAUUCGUUUCCAAACCGAAGACUACGGUGUAUAACUAUUCAGAUGAAAACGAAAUGAAAAUUUAUUUUCAUGUGAAAAGUUCACUAUACCGUAUUUAUUCGAUUGAACACCGCCCUCGAUCAAACGUCGCAGAUGCAUGGAAACAAAAUUACCAAUAAACGUCUCCCUUGAAUAAACGCUCUAUUGGGCGUAAUCAACCGAUAAAUGAAAGUCAAUUUUACAAGGUAAAAAGAUUGAAAACCUAAACUUUCGUGCGCUACGUUAUCCUAUAACCUGUCUGGCAAUAGAGAGGAGAAGUGUGACGUCUCGUUACUACGGUGUACUACUUCUGGAUGACAACAAAACCAACGACGACGACGACAGCAAGGACAACGGCAAAAAAUAAUAUGUUUAUAUCAACAAACAACAACUUUCCACGUGAAUCACGCUAUUUUGUGCAUAUCCGUGCCGUCGUUGCACCACUACGACAUAAAACGACAGAUGCGGUCCCAAAGAAAAUUCCGCCAACAUUUGCCAAAUUAAAUGAAAUUAAACAAGAUCGGUGAGGUUUGAAAUAGUGCGAAUAGACUUUAAAGUGACUUUAUCGGUUUUUUGUCAUCCAAAAAUUUUGCUACCAUGGCAACGUGACGUAACGUGACGUGACCUGUUUUCUUUCCAUCACAGACUUGUGGUCUUGUGUAUACAGAACUUGAAUUGUAG